AUGGGCGCCACGCAUCUCAUCCACGCCGCGCUCACGCACGCCCGCCUCUUCCACGCGCACAUCCUCAUCGAGCCCGUCCUCUACGACCGUCCCCCACCCCCAGCCGUCCGGGGCCCUGCGCACGCCGCCGCCGCCCGCCGCGACCGCUGGCCAUCGCGCGACGCCCUCGCCGCCUCCGUCGCAAACAGCAAGCUCUACGCCACCUGGGACGCGCGCUGCAUCCAGCGCUGGCUGCGGUACGGGGUGCGUCCCGCCGCGACCCCAGACGGGGCCGACGCCGUUACCCUCGUCACGACCAAGGACCAGGAGACCUUUGCGCUGACGCGGCCGACGUACCUGAGCCGGCCUACGGCUCCUCCCGAUGGGCUUUGGGCACCGCCAGGCCCGGACUCGACAGCCUCGCUGGACAGGGCGCUGCGCCAGUACGCGGCCUGGCCGUUCCUGCAGCCCGAGCCGAUGAUCAUCUUCCACCAGCUGCCGCUGCUGCGGCCGGCGGUGCUGUAUGUAUACGGGGCGCAGUCGGAGUUCCUGCCUGGUGGGGUGCGAGCGCGGGCGAGGUCGCGCACCGGGGCCAGCGUGUUGGGGAGUGGAGGGGAGGCACGCGGACGCGUACAAUCGAUGGAGGUUGAAGGAGCGGGACAUAUGGUGCCGGUUGAGCAGCCGGGGCGCAUUGCGCGGCAGACGGCGGCGUGGAUUGCGGGCGAGGUGCGGCGGUGGAGGGAGGAGCAGACGGGUGUGGAGGCGGAGUGGCGGGGGAAGACGGGGGCAGCGAGGAGGACGUUGGAUGAGGAGUUUGUGUCGCGGUUGGGAGUGAAGCUGUAG